AUGUCACAGCCUGCAUUGGGACUGCAAGUGCUUCAACCAACUUCAGACGGCAGCCCUCUGGUGAUCAAGAAAGAGGAUGAGGUCAACGUCGAUAUCGUCCUUGUCCAUGGACUGAAUGGCGGCUCUCACGCCACGUGGACCAAGAAUGGCUUUUUCUGGCCAAGGGAGCUUAUGCAUCAGCUACCUGGCGCUAGAAUUAUGACUUACGGCUUCAACACGGGUUUCAAACGACAGGGCUUGUUUGCCAAGGACCACAUUCGUGCGUUCGAUAUUGCGGAAGAUCUUAUAAACCAGCUCUGCCACAUACGGCGGGGUCAAGAUACCCGCCCUCUGAUCAUGGUUGCCCACAGCCUUGGGGGGCUCAUCGUCAAGCAGGCACUAGUCGAGGCUCGCAGAUCAUCACAAGCUUCCAUCAGGACGGUAUUUGAUGCUGUUAUUGCGAUCAUUUUCUUCAACACGAAGAAGAUCCUUGUUGUCAACUUUCACGAAACAAAGGCCCGCUAUGGGCGACUGAUUGUUGAUGGCUUGACUGACCACAGCUGGGGACUCCGAUUGAAAUAG